UGCCUGCGCCAGAUGCUCACACGAGGAGCAAGAUCAGCUUGAAAUCGUCGAAGGUGCUCUCUACCUCGAUUCCGAGCAAGCUGGUCCCCCGAAUAUUGCUCUCGAAUGUGUUAUUCGUCUUCGCAGCGCAUGCCUCCAAGGAGUGGCUAUUGAACUUUGAUGUUGGGGUAUUUUGGGUGUUGAUGCGGGUGUUGGCUUGUGGUGGCUUCGGAGUGUUGGUUUGGGAAGGCAUGACGGGGCAGAUGGCGAAACGGAAGAGCAUAGAGGGGUCGGUAUUGGGUACAGCGUCAUUGCUGCAGUUCGUGCAGUAUGGUUGCCUAUUCACAACUCUAUAUCGUCUGCCAGCUACACGGGUCAUUCUCUUCACACAUUUCCCAACUUAUUGGAUCGGUUCCAUAAUCAAUCCCUCUUCUGCACGAAAAGCCAUUGCUAUCGCUAUAGCACUUUUCGUAUCAUUCUUGUCAGAUACCCAGCUCUCUGUUACAGACUUCUGGCGACACGCACCUGGUUAUGGCGCCCUUCUUCUCCAUGCUCUGACUUCAAGUGCUUUGGAACACACCCAGGCAGUGUUAUCUCCCUCGCUGGGAGGAACAUUCACGACAGCAGCAAGUACACUAGGUGCAACCAUUUUUGCCCUUCCAUUCUAUCUCUUUCGAACGGUUUUGGUCGACUUCCCUCCGACACCCGUCCUUCCUCUUAUUUCACUCGCUUCACUCCCCAUCAUUGCAUAUUCCUUGCUAUUCCUUGCGCCUCUCACCAUGCAGUCGUCAAAUCAACUAUCCUUCAAACCCCAACACUUCGGUUUUUCUUUCCCAACUCUGCUCAUUUCCUCGUAUGUUCUCGGUAUCCUCGCGUUUAGGCAAGGUCCCAUCUGGACAGAUAUAUUUAUCGGACUGUUCCUUUACAUUGGAAUGUACCCAAAAAACAUCGAUGCAUUUACAGCGCCACCUCGGACACCUACUGCAAGACUCCUUAAGUCAUACCUAAAGACCAUCCUCGCCAACCCAGAAUCUAGAAAGAUAUUUUACUUCUUGAUGUUGAAUUUGUUCUACAUGCUCAUUCAGAUGCUAUAUGGAGUUUGGACUAAUAGUUUGGGUUUGAUUUCGGAUGGUAUACACAUGGCCUUUGAUUGCAUGGCUAUUGGAGUGGGUCUUUUCGCUUCCGUCAUGGCCACUUGGGACCCCAACGAACGCUUUACUUAUGGGUAUGGGAGGAUUGAAACGUUGUCCGGGUUUGCCAAUGGAAUAUUCCUGAUAUUAAUAUCAAUAUUUAUCAUCUUUGAAGCAAUUCAGAGAAUGUUGGAACCACCCGAGAUGAACACAAGCCAACUUCUGCUUGUCAGUUCCUUGGGCCUCGGAGUUAAUUUAUUUGGGAUGUUUGCUAUGGGUGGCCAUCACCAUCAUGGUGGGCAUUCUCAUUCCCAUGGACAUUCCCAUUUACUAUCCUCGCACAGCGACAGUCAUUCUGAUCAUUCUCAUAUGCCUGCACCACCUUCGUUUGGUUCAGCUCAUGCUCACAGCCACAGCCACUCGCACGCAUCUCCACCUGAAUCUGCUCAUAGCCAUUCUCACUCCGUUUCAUCGAAUUCUAUGGCCAACCAUGAUCAUGAUCACGGACACUCGCAAUCUCAUUCUCACUCACAUUCUCAUGCACCCUCGCCUCCUAUGAGCUCGCAUUCUCAUUCUCACUCACAUUCCUCAGCAAAUCACUCUUCGGAAGAGUGCGAAGAUCAUUCGCCCUCUCCUCGAGAGAGUCAGUCGCAUAGUCACAACCGUGAACACGGCACGCACGAGGAUGACCACGGCCAUAACCAUUCUCACUCUCAUGGUCAUAGUCAUGAACAAGCCCACUCGCAUUCUCACUCGCAUUCACCCCCUCCGCUCGACGAUCAUACCCAGACGCAUUCGCACACCCAUACAAGCCACACAACAAUCGGCCCUCCUCCAUGCUCUAGCCACACUCGAUCCAUGUCGACAAGCAGCGUGUCCGAAAGACCAAUGACCAGCGGACAUGUUGCGAAGCGCCGUUCACGAGGACCAUCGAUAUCGAUUGAGGUGAAGAAGAUGGGCGACACUCCUGUGGCCUCACCAGUCUCGCCUCCCGCUGUGGCAACACCACUGACGCCCCAUUAUACGUUUGGACACGACGAUCAUUUCUCUAAGUACCAUGAAUCAAAGCAUGUGCCCAAUUUGCAUGAUCAUUCCCAUGGGCAUGGGCAUGGACAUGACCAUGAAGGCCAUAGUCAUAAUAUGAGAGGUGUUUUCUUACAUGUUAUGGCGGAUACCCUGGGCUCUGUCGGCGUGAUUAUCUCAACACUACUCAUCCAAUUUUAUGGCUGGACUGGCUUUGACCCUAUCGCCUCGCUCUUUAUCGCCGUGCUGAUCGCUGCAAGCGUCAUCCCUCUCGUUAUGGAUACAGGGAAGGUUCUCGCUCUGGAUGUGUCCGACCGCGAUGCCGACAUCCAAAAAGCACUCGCGGAGGUGUCCACAAUUGAGGGCCUCGCAUCCUACACCAUGCCACGCUUCUGGCCAAAAGAUUCCAAUGCCCUUAUAGGGUCGAUACACAUUCAGCUCCAGCCCUCGGCAUCAGGACACGAUCCAACAGGCCCGCAUUUAAGUCGAGGAAUCACGUACACGAAGGUCGAGAGGGUUGUUGAGAGGGUGGAUGCCUUACUGCGGGGAAAAAUUCGUGGUUUAGAGGAGUUGACGAUACAGGUUGAAGGGAAGAGGACAUAUGGAAAUGGGUUAGGUUGUAAUUUAUUGUUUAGACUGAAUGAUCUACUGUUUCCUGGCCGGCCUUGAU